UUCUCAUAUUGACCCUAUUAAAAUAAAGGUUUGGCCUUGAUUGUAGCUGAGCCUCUGCAUCUGCAUGUAUAUAAAUGGAUAGUCGCCAGCUCCUUGAGAAUGCAACAAAGCAGGCCUUUGUGGGCGUGGCUUCUUCUACUGUAUCGGCGUGCCCUUCUGAAACCACCCGUCGAUCCCACAGGCAGCACCUACGAUGCCGCGAGUCAUGUCUGAUGAGGGCGAAGGCCUUGAUGCCGACAUCGCCAGCCGGACGUCUUCGCACCGCCGCAUGGACAGCGCUCAGCACGGCUACAAGGUCGGCUUCCCGCCGAAGAAGAACCUCCUUGCCGAGUUAUCUGACGCCGUCAAGGAGACUUUCUUCGCCAAUGACCCGUUGCGGCAGUACAAGGACCAGCCGAGAUCCAAGAAGGUCUGGCUCGGCCUGCAGGAGGUUUUCCCGGUGCUCGACUGGGGCAGGCACUACACCCUCGGCAAGUUCAAGGGCGACCUCAUCAGCGGCCUCACCAUUGCCAGCCUCUGCAUACCCCAGGACAUCGGCUAUUCGAAGCUUGCUAACCUGCCACCACAGGUCGGGCUAUACAGUAGCUUCGUGCCGCCUCUGAUAUACGCAGCGAUGGGCAGCUCCAGGGAUAUAGCUAUCGGUCCAGUGGCCGUGGUGUCACUGUUGCUCGGUACUCUCCUCCAGAAUGAGAUUGAUCCGAACAAGCACCCACUGGAGUACAGCCGCCUGGCGUUCACCGCGACAUUCUUCGCAGGAGUCACUCAGGCGGCGCUCGGAUUCUUCAGGCUAGGGUUUAUCAUAGAGUUCUUGUCUCAUGCUGCCAUCAUUGGAUUCAUGGCCGGUGCUGCCAUCACCAUUGCUCUUCAGCAGCUGAAAGGAUUCCUUGGAAUCGCGAAUUUCACCAAUAAAACUGAUAUUGUAUCGGUCAUGAAAUCAGUCUGGGGAAAUGUUUACCACGGGUGGAACUGGCAGACAAUAUUGAUCGGAGCGUCCUUCCUGACAUUCCUUCUGGUUGCCAAGCACAUUGGGAAGAAGAAUAAAAAGCUCUUUUGGGUCUCCGCAAUGGCACCGCUCAUUUCGGUGAUCAUAUCCACCUUUUUUGUGUACAUCACUCGUGCAGAUAAGCAUGGUGUCGCAAUUGUCAAGGACAUAAAGAAAGGCAUCAACCCAUCCUCAGCUAGCCUCAUAUACUUCAGUGGCCCGUACUUGAUGACAGGAUUCAAAAUUGGGGUAGUAGCUGGUAUGGUGGGCCUAACGGAAGCAAUUGCAAUUGGAAGAACAUUUGCUGCACUCAAGGACUACCAGAUAGAUGGCAACAAGGAAAUGGUGGCUUUGGGGACAAUGAACAUUGUCGGUUCAAUGACUUCUUGCUACGUAGCCACAGGUUCUUUCUCGCGGUCAGCAGUUAAUUACAUGGCUGGCUGCAAAACAACAGUAUCCAAUGUUGUAAUGGCAAUUGUUGUACUGCUUACACUGGAGUUGAUCACCCCAUUGUUCAAGUACACUCCCAAUGCCAUCCUUUCCUCUAUCAUCAUUUCGGCGGUGAUUGGCCUAGUUGACUAUGAGUCAGCCAGCCUUAUCUGGAAAGUUGAUAAGUUGGACUUUCUAGCAUGUUUGGGAGCAUUCUUCGGAGUCAUAUUUGCGUCAGUGGAGUAUGGCUUGCUCAUUGCGGUUACAAUAUCCCUUGCCAAAAUUCUUCUCCAAGUAACACGUCCAAGAACAGCUUUACUCGGGAACCUUCCACGAACAACCAUAUACAGGAAUGUUGAACAAUACCCAGAUGCUACCAAGGUUCCAGGGGUGCUAAUUGUUAGAGUGGACUCAGCUAUCUACUUCACAAACUCCAACUACAUUAAAGAGAGGAUUCUGAGAUGGGUCAGAGAUGAGGAGGAACAACAACAGGACAAGAACUUGCCCAAAAAUGAGUUUCUGAUUGUUGAGCUAUCUCCUGUAAUUGACAUCGACACAAGCGGAAUCCACGCCUUGGAGGAGUUGCUCAGAGCACUUGAAAAGCGCAAAAUUCAGCUGGUUCUUGCCAAUCCCGGGCCGGCGGUGAUCCAGAAGCUGCGCUCAGCAAAAUUCACAGACCUGAUCGGCGAAGACAAAAUAUUCCUGACGGUCGCCGACGCAGUGAAGAAAUUUGCCCCAAAGGCGGUGGAUAAUGUUUGAAGAAGACACAUAAAGUCAUGUGCAGGAGAAGCAAAGAGAAGUUUAGCUAUUCUUUAGCAAACUCCAUGUUUGCCAGUGACCACUGUGUUUUUAUGGAGCAUAAGAAGAACAGAAGGGGAGUAAAUAGCAUGGUUAAUAAAGAAGAUGCGCCGGAGUUGGAGCGCACAAGGUUUGCAAGAUGUGGUUUAAUAAAGCGAGCAGAUGGUGGCCUAGUUGGGCAUCUACGUCAGUCAGUACUUGUGUUUUGUGGAGUCUGUUGGCAAGCACUUGGCAGAAGGUUUGAUGGAUCAAAAGGUAGAUGACUGGUGAUUAACAUAUCACCAUCCUUCGUGAAAGAAGAGUUAUCUGUUUAGGAUUUCAGUCCUUGCGUCUGACUUAUAGUAAUCUCUUCGCUUUCGUUGUAAUUUCAGGCUUCAUGGUGAGGUUUUACAUUUGGAUAAUGUAUAUUCUGUUACAGUGUUGCAUUUCUAAGGGUUGAAUUUCUGCCAAAAAAUGCUUGGCUGUGGAGUGUGCUGAACAUGUGUGACCAAUUUGUUUGAGAAAGCACUAUGACUUUGUUUC